GCCCGUUGCCUCUGCUCUGCUCCUGGUUAUAAAUUCCUCUGUCGGCCAAGCUGCACGACACGUUCGCACCUCCCAGCUAGUCUGUGCAGCUUUGGCCCUCGCUGUUCACCGCGACUCUGCAGGCAGGCACACCACCACCACCACCAUGAGUUAUUCUAGGUCCACAGUCUACUCCAGCUCCUCCAGGCCCGUGACCAUCGUGCCGACUCGCUUUGCCCCUGUGGCCAGUGCUGCGAGUGUCUACGCUGGCGCAGGUGGCUCUGGGUCGCGGAUCUCCGUCUCCAGGUCCGCCAGCCUCGGCUCGGGCUACCUCGGAGGUGGCUAUGGAGGAGCCAGUAGCGGCUUCUCCUUCUCGGGCUCUGGGGUGGUCCAGAACGAGAAGGAGACCAUGCAAGAUCUGAACGACCGCCUAGCCACCUACCUGGAGAAGGUGCGCAGCCUGGAGGCCGACAAUCGGAAACUGGAGAUCCAGAUCCGGGAGUACCUGGAGAAGAAAGGGCCCAGCACCCGGGACUGGAGCCCCUACUUUGACAAAAUCGAGGAGCUGAAGAAUCAGAUCUUUGACCACACAGUGGAUAAUGCUCGCAUUGUCCUGCAGAUUGACAAUGCUCGAUUGGCUGCAGAUGACUUCCGUGUCAAGUUUGAGGCUGAACUGGCCAUUCGUCAGUCAGUGGAGAGUGACAUCAAUGGCCUCCGCAAAGUCCUUGAUGACACCAAUAUAAGCCGUCUGCAGCUGGAGAGUGAGAUUGAAGCCCUCAAGGAAGAGCUGAUCUUCAUGAAGAAGAACCAUGAGGAUGAAGUCAAUAGUUUGCAGGCCCAGAUUGCCAAUUCUGGGUUGACAGUAGAAGUGGAUGCUCCCAAGUCCCAGGAUCUGUCUAAGGUCAUGGCUGAGAUUCGGGCACAGUAUGACACCCUGGCUCAGAAGAACCUCGAGGACUUGGACAAGUACUGGAGCCAGCAGAUUACUGAGAGCACAGUCAUCAUCAGCCAGAAUACCAAGGAAAUUGAGGUUGGCCGUGCUACAAUCACUGAAUUGCGCCGCACUGUCCAAACACUGGAGAUUGAGCUGGAGUCUGUGCGCAACCUGAAAGCCAGUCUGGAGGGCAACUUGCAUGAAGUAGAGGCCCGCUAUGCCAUGCAGAUGGAGCACCUCAAUGGGCUGUUGCUGCGGACUGAGGCUGAAUUGGUACAGGUGCGGAAUGAUGUCCAUCGCCAAGCAGAGGAGUAUCAGGCUCUGCUGAACAUCAAAGACAAGCUGGAGGCUGAGAUUGCUACUUACAGGAGACUGCUGGAGGGUGGAGAAGAGUUUAGCUUGAAAGAUGCCUUGUUGGAAAGCACCAUGCAAACCAAAAAGGUCCAUACCAUCAAGACAGUGGAUGGCAAAGUGGUGUCGGAGACAAGCGAGAGCAAAGUACUAAAGCGCUGACCCUACCCAGCGCAGCAAGAAAUGCCUCCCAGUGCUUAGGGAAUAGGGUGGGAGUUAAUGCAAUUCAAUAAAAUAAACACAGCUAAACUUAA